AUGGAAGAACUGGUUAUUGCCGUCGACUCAGCGCCACCACCAGCAGCUCCUCCCAAUCCCACCAAGCGUCGUGCCAAAGUCAAGCCAGUCGCCGGAGUGGUGAAAGCCCCCAAGUCCGUGUGGACGACUGAAAUGGUGACAACGCUCCUCGACAAGCGCUGCGACGACUACGCAGCAAGCUUCGAGCUGCAUCGGAGCUCGGCUCAGCUGUCAAUCCUGUGGGGAAAGAUUGCACUCGCCAUCAAUUUAUUGCACAGCACAAGCGUUCCGGCCGUGGCAGUCAAAAACAAGUAUACGAGCCUCAAGCGUGAGUUUUCGACGAUUCACCUGGCAGAGGGAGCCACAGGAAACGCGGUUGGCAUUGUGUAUCGGCAGUAUUGGGACGAGCUUGCCUCAGCUCUUUGUAGCAAGGACGGGCUCAUUGACUAUGCAUUCGGUGCCUCUGGUCAAGGCGACGAAGCGGACGGCGGUGGAUGCGAAUGCAGUGACGACGCAUCCACGUCAACCAAGGAGUUCAAGUGGCAGUCUGUCAUUGACGCGGAGCUGUCGCGGCAAGGAGCAAAACGUCCAAAGCGUACGGACAUUGGGCAAAGCCUUGUCGCCUUAGGUGAGAGCUUAGCGCAAGGCAUUGAAAGGUAUGCAUCAGCCACGUGA